AUGGAGGAGGUUGAGCCACAAGAGGAGGAAGAAGAACUCCCUAUGUACCAAGAGCACUACAAUGCCCUCUUCUCCAUGGACUUCAUGGAUACCAAGUACCCACAUGUUGACACAAUGAAGGCCCUUGGAAUCUUUGAAGAUGUGGAGCUGGUUCUCAAGAACAUGCACUUGGCCAAGCUCUUCUCUUAUCACAUGGAAUCCUACAAGGAGCUCACUUGCGAGUUCUUAGCUUCAAUGAGGUACCACAUGUAUGAAGAGGAAGAUAGAGCUGAUUUGGACCAAGGAUUGGGAUGGAUCACGUUCUUGGCUAAGGGAGAGAAGAGAAUGGUGACCUUUAGGCAGUUGGAGAUCUUGUUUGGGUUCAACUAUGGAGAAGGACCAAGUGGAACUUCAAGGAAAAGGAACUCCAAAGGGUUUGGGCUACAAUCGCUGAUGGAGUGUACUCUUCCUCAAGGUCCAAGGCAGCUCAAAUCAGGAGCCCAGUCUUGA